AUGCCCGCCCCAGACCCCAAGACCCCUCUCGCUCGGCGAGCUUCGAUGCCCUCAACAUCAACCACCAUGGGUCCUCCGGAGUUCAUGCCCAUCUCUUCGCGCACUCCAAAAGAACCAUCUUUCCCACGUCCGCCAAAGCGAGCUUUAUCUCCCCAUCCUACUUCAUCACCAAGCACCGCCCUCCCCAUGUCUGGCGAGGCCUCCUCCGCGCCAAUUGUCACCCCGGCCCGCCGCGAGCGCGAAUACGGCACAUACGACUCGCCCUGCAUUCCCGAUAUACACCCCACGCCCAUCCGCCGUCCACGUCGUACUCCUGUCAGGCGCCACUCGGCGAACCCCUUGGCGCAGCUGGGGACUGGCAUCCCGGCGGAUGAUCGGUUGGUCAGCGAUAAGAAGUAUAGAGCGCAGCGGAGGGAGCAUACGGUGUGGAUGAUCGCGACUGAAGGGACUUUGAGCUCGAGUCCGGGGAUUAGGAUUGAGGAGGUGGCGGAUGAGGAUAGUGAUGAGGAGGAUAGGGAGAACUUUCGGGAGUGGUGUAGGGAGGAGAGGAGGAAGAGGAGGUUGGCGGAGCAGAGAGAGAGAGAGAGGAGGGAGGAGAGGAGAGAGCGGGAGAGAGAGGAGAUGGGAGAGGAGGGUGGAGAGGAGACAGGAGAGGAGACGGGAGAGGAGGGUGAAGAGUAG